AUGUUGCUGAGGAGGCUGUGUUUGUGCGCCGCCAAUAGGCGGCUGGCAGGUCCAGUGUCGCGUUGGAUACCGGCAUUGCGGGUUAUUGAGCAGACGCCGGUAUGUUUGCCGUCGCCGUAUGCUCUUACCCACCGGGACCAUUUCGCAUCGAAGGCGAAACAGCAAAAACGCGCGAAAACAAAGCAAGUGGCGCGUUCGGAAUCCGAUGACGAAGAUGGCGAAAGUGACGACGGCGACGACGAGGAAUACUUCGACAUCGACGAGCACCUUGACCGGAUCAAGGAGAUAGAGGCGAAUGCGCUGUCGGCACUGGGAGAUCUUAAGCCCGUGGCGGUUACGUCGGAUGACCUGGAGGAAAUUCAAAUUAACAAGGACAAGCUGGCGGAUCUCGCGCAGGUCGUGUUCAAGUCGCCCAUAGUGGCCAACCUGCACGUGUUCGACGUCAAGGUCAAGAGCAAGAUAGUGCGGGAACUGACGCUUCUGCGCGACGACUGGAGCGUCCAGUCGGACGAAGAUGACCUCAUUGUACUACGGAUGCCCAGCCCCAACUCGCCGCAGGUGCAGCAGCGCAUCGCCCAGCAGGCGGCGGCGGUGCAGGAGCGGCACCACCAGAUGCUGCAACAGGCGCUCAGCAAGGCCGCUGCGAAGAUCAAGCAGGUCAACAUCGGCAACAACUGGCACAAGAAGCAGCAUGACCAGCUUAAUGCGGCGGCAAAGGGCGUGCGAGAGCGCAUCAAGGCCGCCGUCAAGCAGCUUACGGCGCACUAG